AUGAAAUCUGACGAUAGCUCCUUCGCACUUUGGCACCAGUUUCUCUCACAACAUGAAGGAGUCGAGUUUGUAUGGCUUCAGUAUAUGGGCCUGAAUGGAAAUAUCCUAGGUCGCGCGAUACCUGUUCCUCGAUUUACCAAGCUACUCGAAAUCAACAAACCAGUUUCACUCACUCGGGCAGUGUUUUAUCUUCUUCCCCAUGAUCACCUUGCCGAAGGAGGCGAGCCUGUGGGAGCGUUCGGAUUAAAGCCAGACUUGUCGACCAUUCAUCUUUGGACCGGAGCUACCAACCGGGCUGUCAUCACAUCAUAUGGCGUUCAAAGCGAAGAUGGAACCACGCCUAUCGCGGAGUGCCCGCGUUCAGCUCUAGUGAGACUGUCUAAAGUGUUGACGAAAGAAACCGAUUUUUAUCCUCUUAUUGGCUUUGAAAUCGAAGUCGUCUUUAUGCAGAGAGCAAAGGAUAUCAAAGGAAAAGUGGUGGCCUAUGAGACUAUAAACGAGAACCACUCAUUUCAAAGUAUGACAACCGAUGACAAUUCGUACAUGGAACUCGUAGAAGACGUCGCAAGAUCUUUACUAGCGGCAGGGAUCGAAAUUGAACAAUUUCACGCUGAAGCAGCACCCGGACAAUGGGAAUUUGUGCUACCACCCAAUCAUCCAGUCGAGGCUGUUGAUACACUAAUAAGAGCCCGAACUAUCAUUUCUUUGGUUGCUGAAAAACAUGACCACCGCGCAACUCUCCAUCCUCGACCAUCAGAAAUGCAUGCUGGUAGUGGAGCACAUGUGCAUAUCUCGCUAAACGAAAAAGCUCCGUUGAAGAAUGACAGACACGAGUUCAAUGGCAGCCACGAGUCUUUCUUUGCUGGAAUCAUGAUUCAUCUGCCCGCUAUAUUAGCAUUUACUCUCGCACAGCCGGAAAGCUAUCGCCGCGUGAUGAGCGGAAUUUGGAGUGGCGGCGAAUACGCAGCAUGGGGGUGGGAAAAUAAAGAAACGGCUUUGCGGCGUGUUGAAAACAAUAGAUUUGAAAUCAAACUAAUGGAUGGGCUUGCCAAUCCUUAUUUGGCGCUAAGUGCAAUGUUUGCAGCUGGUAUUGAUGGUUUACGAAAUGGUCUUCCCCUUGUUGGUGGGCCAUGCAGAAGGGCCGCGAAUUUGCUAUCACCACAAGAAAGAAAGGAACUUGGCAUCCAUGCACUUCCAAAGACGCUUUCGCAAAGUCUGUCAGCUUUGGAAGCCGAUACGGUACUAUGUGGGCUCAUUAGUCAGGAGCUGAUUGAGCCUUACUUUGCGGUUAAAAGGGGAGAACUCGAACAGACCAAGCAAUGGACUGAAACAGAGAGGAGAAAUUACUUAAUAUCCAGAUAUUAG